AUGGAUCAGACAGAGGACAAAUUGCCUGAUAAAGUGGAGCAUGAAAAUGCGCUGGAACAAGCAACUACCGAAAGCACCGGCCAGACUGUCGAGUUGAUCCAGCUCAACCCUCAAGCUGUGCCGCGUGAUAUUGGACCUUUUCAAAUCAUAGCUCUCGGCUUCAACAUUCCCAACAGCUGGGCAGGCGUCGCUACCGCGUUUUCGGCUGCUCUAACAGCUGGAGGUCCCGUCUCGCUGAUCUAUGGCAACUUUGUCAUCACGGCCAUGUAUGUGUCUGCAGCCGUCACACUCGCUGAGCUUGCGAGUGUUUAUCCGACAGCAGGUGGACAGUAUCACUUCACGAGCAUCAUGGCGCCCAAGAGGUUCAAUCGAUCCAUGUCCUAUAUCUGCGCCGAGUUUUACAGCGGAUACAAGGCGAAUUCCUGGCAGCUGUUUCUUAUAUCUCAGGGGCUCAAUGUCUUUGCCCUAGGCUACAAUUUGUUCGUGCUGAAACGGACUCGAUGGAUUCAUGACGCGGCGUUCUUCUUGACUUUGUCAACCUUCAUUACUAUAUCGAUUGUUUGCCUUGCCCGAGGCGAUAAGCAGUCGUCGACAUGGGUAUGGACCAACUUUGAGCCGUCGUCAGGAUGGCCUCCCGUGGUAUCCUUCUUCACGGGUCUCACCACCCAUGCAUACAUGUAUGGAGGACUAGACUCUGCCCUACAUCUCGCGGAAGAGACGCUUGAUGCUUCUAGGACAGUGCCAAAGGCGCUCAUGUCUACAAUUGGAAUUGGCUUCUUCUCUGGCUUUGUCUUUUCUGUGGCCAUGACAUAUUGUAUCCCCAGCUUGGACCUUUUUGCCAAUGACCCGGUGCCGAUAUAUAAACUCUGGCGCAUAGCUAGCAGAUCCGAUACCGCCGCCACAGUCUUUCUUAUUGUUGGCAUCGUAAUCUUCACAUUCAUCCUCGUCGCCACGCAGCAGACAACAUCUCGUCUCAUUUGGGCCCUAGCCCGUGACCGCGGUCUUGUAUUUUCCUCUCAAUUUGAGAAGUUGUCCCCGACGCUUGGCGAUAUCCCUGUGGCUGCCCUUAUUCUCGAUGCAGGGCUGAUAUUUGUGUGCGGAUGCGUCAGCUUGGGCUCCUCGGCAGCGUUUAAUUCACUCGUCGGGGUGUUCUCCUUGAUGCAGAUGCUUUCGUUCGCAAUCCCGGCUGUGCUGCUAAUAUAUCGCGGGAGAAGUGAAAAAGUGCUUCCUCGCAAGAGAGCAUUCAAGGUGCCCGAGAUACUGGGUUGGGCUUGUAACAUUGGAACGGUUAUUGCAGCGGUUAUCGAAACCGUCUUCUUCACGUUUCCGAGCGUUUUGCCAGUUACUGGCAGCAAUAUGAACUACGCCGUUGUAGUUCUGGCGGUGAUUGCCAUUGUCGUGGUUGUGAACUGGAUUGUGUUUGCUAGGAAGCAUUACCAAGGUCCUAGAAUAGGAGGUUUCAUGUAA